AUGGGCCCCAGAAAUAUCCAGGGUUUCCUGCACCCGCUCCUCUCUCUGUUCCUGUCCCUGGGCACCAUACUGGCAAGCUGUGUGCUUUUCCUGGUCCAUAGGAGACUCACACGCUUGUCACUGCACAAGGCCAUGGCGUAUCCUCACAGUGCCAUGUUCCCACACUGGAAGAGCAGGGGUGAUGGGAGGCCCAGCUUUGUAUUGUCUGUACCCACUUUUGGCCUCCUGCUGCCGCUCAUCCUGCAGCUGGUCAUUCAGGUCGUGGCAGUGUUUACCGCUAGGCACCCCUACGAAGGCCAGGUUCUUGCGCCAAGAUGUGGGGCACAGGAAACUGCAGACUGGAUGAGGCUCCUGGAUGAGAGCUCUGGGCUCUCUGCUUCCCAAACUGAAGUAGAACAAAAAGGUAUGCCAGAGAAGGGGGCUCCGUUGUUACACACCUCCAAUAUCACCAAAGGAGGGCAAGGAAAGACUCCGGGAUUUCUGCUUAAUGUCUUAAAAUUCUGUGGGUUCAACAGAGCAAAGCAGAAUUAUCUCAAUUGUACUCUUCCUGACAAGAAUGUCUUCCCUUCUGGAUCACCACUGAACACCAAGGGACCAGAAACAUCAGCAGUAGUGAGAGAGGAGGAUGAUGGGGAUGAAGAGGCUGCACCUCCUGUCAUUGGCCCAGGGUCACAUCAUACAGAAUCAGUGAGGUAUGUAAACAACCCCAUUUCUGCACCUGUUUUUGAUUCAGAUGUUGACAGUGGUACCAAGUCUUCAGAUGAGCUGAAAAAGAAGGCAAAUUUGACAGAUGAAGAGAUUAUGCAGAAACUAAGAACUAUUGUGACCAUAGGUUACACUAUGAGAAAAUAUACAGGAUUUGAAAGAAUUGGAGAAGGGCUAUCUGGUACAGUAUUCACUGCUGUGGAUGUGUCUUUGGGAAAGAAGGUUGCCAUAAAGUGGAUACAAUUGAAUAAGGAGCCACGAAAGGAUCUGGUCCUUAAUGAAUUAUUCAUAAUGAAGAACCUGAGACAUCGAAAUGCAGUACAAUACAUAGACAGUUACCUGUUAGGAGAUGAUUUGUUUGAAGUCAUGGAGUACCUUUCUGGUGGGCCACUUACUGAAGUCGUCACAGAAACUAUGGAUGAAGCACACAUUGCUGCUGUGUGCAGAGAGAUGUUUUCUAUUUUGGAAAGGGUGGACAAUGGGAGAGCAGAAGAAGUAUUGGAUGUGAUGAUUAAGAGUAAGGAGAUGAUAGAAGUGAAAAUUAAAGAAGAGUGGAAGACAGAGAAAGAGUUUAGCGCAGACGUUGGCUUUUGUGCUCACAUCACCUCUGAGCAGAAUAAACACACUUCUGUGCUUGGAACACCUUGCUGGAUGGUUACAGGGAAAAGUUAUGGCCCUAAAGUGGAUAUCUGGUCUCUGGGUAUCAUGGCUAUUGAGAUGGUCAAAGGAGAGCCUCCAAACCUCCAGGAAGGUCCCUCAAGGACCUUAGAGCUGAUUGCAAGAAAUGGAACUCCAGAACUUCCAAAUGCAGAGACUCUUUCCCCAAUAUUCUGUGAUUUCUUUAAUGGAUGUUUGGAAAUGGAUGUGGAGAUAAGAGGAUCAGCCACAGAAUUGUUACAGCACCCGUUCUUGAAACUGGCCAAACCAUUAUCUACAUUGAAACCACUGAUUUGGGCACCUAAGAAAGAAAAGAGGAGUUGCCAUUAA